CAAGGUCACCUCCCUCCGUGUUUUCCGUCCGGGAGGUGAGCGUGGGCCCGGUCGCUACCCAGGCGGCUGUCUGUCUGGGGACCGGGGAGUCGGCGCCGCCCGCGGAGGCGAAGCGGCUGAGGGCGGAGGCUCGUCUGCCCCGCGAACCGGGCCGCGCGGCUGCGCCGUCGUUAUGCCUUCUCAGGACCCUGACGUUCCCCAGAAGGAGCAGGAGAAAAUGACCAAGUUUCAGAUAAAUCAUCACAACAACCACCAUCAAAAAAAUCAUCAAAAAACAAAGAUUAAUGGUCAAUUCCAAGGAAUACUAUACUCUGCAAUCCCAAAAUGGAAUGGAAGCGUCUAUAACGAUACCAGUUGUUCAAACUUACUUAGUAUUUGUUAUGUGCCAGGCACCGUUUUACGUAUAUUCACUUUACGUAUAUUCACUUAUCUAAUCCUUUCAAACAUCUUGCAGUUGAGACACCGUUGUAGAGAAGAAGUGGAGGUUGUUAGAGGUUAAGGAAUUUGUCCAACAUCUUGUAAUUAAUACCUUGGCAUUUGAACUCGGCCUGUUCCUGCAUCAGCUGUAGCAUGUGUCUUCAAAACACAGAGGAAGAGCUAUAAGCUGGAGACCUGUCCUGGAGGAUUGCUGAAGGCCUGUGAACUUUGCAAACGUUAAAAACAGUGACAGAGCCCAAGAUUUGUAGGGAGACAGGGAGAGGUAGUGAGAGAGGGACAACUAUUGACUGAAAACUGCCUGGGGUCCUCCAUCUCUAUAACGAUUUUUUGGUAACGUUCUUUAACUUGUCGAUGGUGCCUUCAUGGGCCUUUUUUGCAAGAUUCAGGUGGAGUGUGUUUGGUGUUGUAGGAGGCAGUGACCUUCAAGGACGUGGCUGUGGUUUUCACUGAAGAGGAGCUGGCGCUGCUGGACCCUGUCCAGAGGAAGCUGUACCGAGACGUGAUGCUGGAGAACUUCCGGAACCUGGUCUCAGUGGGAUAUCUUUCCUUCAAACCAGGUAAGGCAACCCAGUUGGAGGCAGAAGAAAACCUUUGGAUGAUGGAAAGAGAAACUCAAAGAAAUGGGAAUUCCAGGGAGAACCACAUGGCUGUUCUUGCAGGCAGCAAGAAUCAGAAUGAGGUGGAGAUUCUUCAGAAAGUUGCAUUAAAGUACCUUUCACAUGAAACGCUAUUCUGGCAAAUCUGGAGACAGAUUGCAAGUGAUUCAACCAGGUGUCCUCAGAGGGAGAGCUCCCGGUUACUACAAGGCCGUUCUGAUCAGACCUCUGGGAGUGGGAGUGGUGUGGUGAAAUGUAAAGGAGAAGGCCCCUGCUGUGUUGAAACUCAAGACUGUUUCCAUGUCGAGGAUGCUUGUGGGCAUAUGCACCUGAGUGAGUCACAGAAUCAGAAUGGAGGUAAGCAAAGUCAUGUGAAAGAUCACCUGCAUGCCUGCGAAGCCAUGAAGAAAUCACUGCUUAGUGAUCAUAUUAAAAUUCACACAGAACAGAAACCCUACAGAUCUAAUGACUGUGGGAACAGCAUGCGCGAUGGCGUCUGUCAGCAUUUACCCUGCAGAGAGGAACUGCAUCUCUGUAGUGAGUGUGGGAAGGGCUUCAGCUAUAGCUCACUGCUUUCAAGUCACCAGACUGCACACCCAGGAGGGAAAUGUUUGGCUCAGAACUCACCCCUGCAGGCUCCUCAGAGGAUUCACCCAGGAGAGAAACUCUCGAAAUGUCAUGACUCCGAUGAUUGCUUCAAUAAGAGUUCCUUUCAUUCUCAUUCUGAUCAUGCAGGAGAAAAGUCCUAUAGAUGUGACAACUGUGGCAAGGGAUUCAGUAGCAGCACAGGUCUCACCAUUCAUUACAGAACUCACACUGGAGAGAAACCUUAUAAAUGUGAGGAGUGUGGUAAAUGCUUUAGUCAGAGUUCAAACUUCCAAUGCCAUCAGAGAGUCCACACUGAAGAAAAGCCAUACAAAUGUGAAGAGUGCGGCAAGGGCUUCGGUUGGAGUGUUAAUCUUCGUGUUCAUCAGAGGGUGCACAGGGGUGAGAAGCCCUAUAUCUGUGAGGAGUGCGGGAAGGGCUUCACUCAGGCCGCCCACUAUCACAUCCAUCAGAGGGUCCACACUGGGGAGAAACCUUAUAAGUGUGAUGUCUGUGGGAAGGGCUUCAGCCACAAUUCACCAUUAAUAUGCCACCGGAGACUCCACACUGGAGAGAAACCGUACAGAUGUGAGGUGUGUGGGAAAGGCUUUACUCGCAAUACGGAUCUUCACAUCCAUUUUCGGGUUCACACAGGAGAGAAACCCUACAGAUGUAAGGAGUGUGGGAAGGGCUUCAGCCAGGCUUCCAACCUUCAAGUCCAUCAGAACGUCCACACUGGGGAGAAACGAUUCAAAUGUGAAACUUGUGGGAAGGGCUUCAGUCAGUCCUCAAAGCUGCAAACCCAUCAGAGAGUCCACACGGGGGAGAAGCCAUACAAAUGUGAUGUGUGUGGAAAGGGCUUCAGUUACAGUUCCAACCUUAAACUGCACCAAGUAAUUCACACGGGGGAGAAGCCAUACAAGUGUGAGGAGUGUGGGAGGGGCUUUAGUUGGAGAUCAAAUCUUCACGCUCAUCAGCGAGUCCACUCAGGAGAGAAGCCCUAUAAAUGUGACAAGUGUGAUAAGAGCUUCAGUCAGUCCAUCGAUUUUCGGGUCCAUCAGAGAGUCCACACUGGAGAGAAACCGUACACGUGUGGUGUGUGUGGGAAGGGCUUCAGUCAGUCCUCUGGCCUUCAGUCCCAUCAGAGAGUCCACACGGGGGAGAAGCCAUACACAUGUGAUGUCUGUGGCAAGGGCUUUAGGUACAGCUCACAGUUUCUGUACCAUCAGAGAGGCCACACUGGGGAGAAACCUUACACAUGUGAGGAGUGUGGGAAAGGCUUUGGUAGGAGCUUGAAUCUUCGCCAUCAUCAGAGGGUGCACACUGGAGAGAAGCCCCAUAAGUGUGAGGAGUGUGGAAAGUCCUUUAGUCUCCCCUCAAAUCUUAGAGUCCAUCUGAGUGUUCACCUUCGGGAGAAACUGUUUAAAUGUGAGGAGUGUGGGAAGGGCUUCAGUCAGAGUUCACGUCUUCAGGCCCAUCUGAGAGUCCACACUGGAGAGAAACCGUACACGUGUGACGUAUGCGGGAAGGACUUCAGUCACCGCUCACGUCUCACGCACCAUCAGAAAGUCCACUCUGGCAAGAAUCGUUAAGAAUGAGAAAUGUGUUCAUGCUUCCUGUCAGGUUGUACAUCUAGUUUUUGGAGAGUCCUUGCUGGGGAUAAAACACUAAAGUUUUGAGAGUGGAAAGGGGUUUUAUAAAUAUUUCUCUCUUUUCUGAGACCAGCACGGCUAGAGAACGGACAGGAGUCCUGAGUAUGGGCGACGGGGGAUUGAGAAAAUGAAAGAGACAGACACAAAGACAGUAGGAAAGCUGGGACUGGGUGGGACAGCUGACCCAGAGCUGAUACAGCACAUUUAUUUUAUAUAGUAAGAUACCAGGAAGUUUUACCAAAGUUUAAGAUAAAGAAAGUAUGUGCAUCUUUGUAAUCGUCACUUCUGGAUGGGCUGGAUAAUCAUGUUUGUUUCUGGUGCCAGGCUGGAUUUAGAUAAUGAAAUCCACCCCCUGGUGCCUGAACUAAAGGUCAGACUGACGGCACACCUGCCUCUGGCAAGGUAUGUUCCAGGGCAUGGCUCUGCCAGGGUCCACUGGAUUCAGACGAUUGUCAUCUCAGGGGCCUUUCCCAGGCGUUCUCUACAGGGUUUCUUCACUUGGAAUCUAAUACAUCCAGGAAUAGGACUGAUAUUCAGGGGAGAAAUAUGUUGUAACCCUCUUGGUAAAAUCCAGUUGAUGUAAAUGAUCUUUCAAAAUGAGUGCAUGCCAAAAAAGAAUGUGUGAAAAGGAUUAUUUGCCAUAUACAAUCUAGUUUGGGGCUAUCAGGGAAGGUUUUGGAUUAUUUUCUCAUUAACUUCCAAUUUAUAUGUAUUUACAGUGACCAUUAUUUUUUUUUACUAAAGUUUAAAAGGUAUGAAAAAUGAAAUGAAUAAAAUAACUAACUAAAAAUUA